AUGGUGCUCAAUUCAAACAUCACAAGGAUACGAAGCUUUAUCAUCCUUGGGUUCCCUGGACUCUCGCCGUCGUACUAUGGCCCUGUAGCAGCAGUGAUUUUUCUUGUCUACCUCGCUAUUCUUGUAGGAAAUAUUUUCAUUUUAGCUUUUGUCAUUACUGAAAAAUCCCUUCAAAAACCUAGAUACUUGGUAUUUUGUCACCUUGCAUUAACUGAUUUGUCAUUUGGCACCGUUACACUACCAAAGAUCAUAUCAAAAUAUUGGUUCGGAAAUAACAUCAUUUCAUUUUCUGGGUGUUUUACACAGAUGUUCUUUGUUCACUAUUUAGGGUCAGUGAUGUCUUUUAUGUUACUGGUAAUGGCUCUUGAUAGAUUUAUUGCAAUAUGUGUUCCACUGCGGUAUCCUGUCCUUAUCACAAACAACAUUAUACUCGCUCUUUGUGGAUCUGCUUGGUUUAUACCACUGCCUUUGAUGAUGAUCAUAGUAUUCCAAGCCCUUAGUUUACCUUACUGUCACUCAAAUAUUAUUCCACAGUGUUACUGUGACCACAUUUCAUUAACAAAUCAAGCAUGUGGAAAUGAUCUGAAAAAUGUGCAGGUUAUUGCUCUCUGUACUGCAAUGUUUUGUCUCUUGGUGCCUCUUGCAUUUGUCUUGAUUUCCUAUAUUUCUGUUAUUACUGUCAUUUUAAAAAUGUCGAAUUCUGCAGGGCGCAGCAGAACUCUAGCAACUUGUACUCCACAAAUAUUCAUAACAUGCCUUUUCUAUCUCCCCAGGUGCUUUGUGUAUGUAGCUAACACUGUUGGAUUUAAUUUUAGUAUAGAUGUUCGCAUUUUAUUAAUUCUGCUGUACAGCCUACUUCCUGCUGCUGUCAAUCCAAUAAUAUACUGUUUCAAGACUCAAGAUAUAAAGCAUACUUUGAUGAAGAAAAUAAAAACAGCUAAAAUUAGAGUAGAGUUAAAAAUCUGGACACAUUAA